AUGAAGCCACAGAAUGUAACCAAACCUGUGAUGGAAUUUGUCCUCCUGGGCUUCAACCACAGUCUUAAGAUUCAUCAGUUCCUCUUCACCAUCUUCUUCAUUGUCUACCUGAUGACCUCCUUAGGAAACAUCACCAUCUUCACCACUGUUAUUACUGACUACCACUUGCACAUGCCCAUGUACUUCUUCCUGGCAAAAGUAGAAUUCACAGAUAUCACUGAAUCAUCAGUAAAUACUCCCAUUCUAUUGUCAGGUCUCCUUUCCCAGCACAAAACUGUUCCAUUCAAGGAGUGCAUCCUCCACAUGUUUUUCUUCCACUUCAUUGGUAGUGCUCAUAUCUUCCUUCUUGUAGUGAUAGCAGCUGAUCGAUAUGUGGCUAUCCAUAAACCCUUGCAGUACUGGACAAUUAUGAACUAUGAGGUGUGUGUGGGUCUAGUGGCGGGGUCAUGGGCAGGUGGAUUCACUCACUCUGCAACACAGAUUGCUCUGCUUCUCCCUUUACCUUAUUGUGAUCCUAACACACUGGACAAUUUCCACUGUGAUGUUCCACAAGUAUUGAAAAUUGCCUGCAUUGACACCUACCUGACAGAGUUGCUAUUGGUCUCAAAUGGUGGACUGCUCCUCAUAGUAGUUUUUGUCUUGCUCCUCAUUUCAUACACUGUCAUCUUAGUCAAGAUAGGGAGGCAAGUCACCAAAGGGAAGCACAAAGCUUUGUCUACCUGAAUAGCCCAGAUAAUGGCAAUAAGCAUAACAUUCUUUCCAGGAAUAUUCAUCUAUGCUCAACCCUUCAAGACAUUUGAACUGGACAAAGUGGCCUCCAUCUUCUUCAGCAUGCUUUUUCCAGUGCUGAAUCCCAUGGUCUACACCCUGAGAAAUACUGAAAUGAAAAAGACCAUCAGGAGACUUGUUUCUAGGGCCAUAAGAUAUUCUUUCCAGGUUUAA